AAAAAGAGGCGGCGCAUGCGCCCUGAGAACGCAGCGCCAAGUCUGCACGUCGCGGGUAGGAGGUAGGUUCCACGCGUGCGUAGUGUUCGCCUUAAACCAGUAAUUUCGCAUGCGUGAGGCCAGCGGUGUGCGCCUGCGCGAUUCCUGGGGGCGCAUUGGCGGAACUCUAGUGCGCCGGCGCGAGUGUUUAUUUCCUCGGUGACGGUGCCUACAGGUAGUGGACCAAGGCUGCCUUUGUCAUAGGCCUGGAGCUAGGUUGCUGCAAACCAAAUGUGGGCCGUGACAAAUGAAGCCCCAGGCGGGGAAGGGGUGUGAGCCCUCGGGUGGAGCGUCUGCUUGGGGUACCUGAAGGACAGGGAUUUGUAAGUAAUAGGAGUUAACUCUGAGCAUCGGUGUCGCGUUACGCCCCUCGCGUUAGGAUCCAGCAAAGCACCGUCGUCACGACCCGGCCUGCAGAGGGCCCCAUGGCGGGAGCCGGCACCCUCCGGGAGGCACUGAGGGCGCUCCUGCCCCCCACUAAAGAGGAGCUGACGCUGCAGCUCGGGGAGACGGUGGAGCGCAGCGUGGUGCGGCUGCUGCGGGAAGCGGUCGAGCUGUUCUGCGGCGGCCGUGGGGGCGAGUGUCUGCAGGCCAGCGAGGCCAUCCUGGACUACUCCUGGGAGAAACUCAACACGGGGCCGUGGCGCGACGUGCACAGAGACUGGCGCCGCGUGUACGCCUUCGGCUGCCUCCUGAAGGCCGUGUGUCUGUGCGAGGAGCCCGGGGACGCCGGCGCCGUGGCCGCAGCCCUGAGAGUCUGCGACAUGGGCCUGCUGAUGGGGGCGGCCAUCCUCGGGGACAUCCUCACUAAAGUCGCGGCCGUCCUGCAGGCGCACCUCCCCUCAGGAAAGAGGCCCGCCCCGGGCCCGGCCCAAGAGCAGCCCCACGAGAAGAAAGCGAGGCACGACCAUGUUCGGAUUCCAGACGUGAGGUCUGAGAGAACGGUGCCCCGGCUCCGCUGCCCGUCCCUCCAGCACUUCCGGAAGCAUUUUCUGGUUCCAGGGAGGCCUGUGAUCCUGGAAGGCGUGGCCGACCAGUGGCCGUGCAUGAAGAAGUGGAGCUUGGAGUACAUCCAGGAUGUCGCUGGCUGCCGGACUGUCCCGGUGGAGGUUGGUUCCAGGUACACUGACGAGGAGUGGUCCCAGACGCUCAUGACGGUCAACGAGUUCAUCAGCAAGUACAUCAGGGAUGAGCCGAGGGACGUCGGGUACCUGGCUCAGCACCAGCUCUUUGACCAGAUCCCGGAGCUGAAGCGGGACAUCAGCAUCCCCGACUACUGUUGCCUGGGCGACGGGGACGAAGAAGAGAUCACCAUUAACGCCUGGUUUGGUCCCCAAGGAACCGUCUCUCCCCUCCAUCAGGACCCUCAGCAGAACUUCCUGGUCCAGGUGACGGGGAGGAAGUACGUCCGGCUGUAUUCGCCGCAGGAGUCAGAGGCUUUAUAUCCACACGACACGCAUCUUCUUCACAACACGAGCCAGGUUGACGUGGAGAACCCCGACUUGGAGAAGUUCCCCAAGUUUGCCGAGGCCCCGUUCCUGUCCUGCAUCCUGUCUCCCGGAGAGAUCCUGUUCAUCCCGGUUAAAUACUGGCAUUACGUGCGGGCUCUGGACUUGAGCUUCUCCGUCAGCUUCUGGUGGUCGUAGCCAGGGCGGAAGGGUCUGAGAUGCCAACGGCAGUCACGGAUUCACGCGUUCCCUGCCCCACGCCCGGCCUGGGGCUGGGUCCCGGCAUCUAGAGAGAAGCCAGACCCGCCUGUGCCAA